UGUGCCGGUCAAAUAAAAGUCCGUGGGUCUGUCUGACGUGCUCAAGUGUCCAUUGUGGAAGAUAUGUGAAUGGCCAUGCCAAAAAGCAUUAUGAAGAUGCACAGAUUCCUAUGACCAAUCAUAAGAAAACAGAAAAACAAGAGAAAGUUCAGCAUACUGUGUGUAUGGAUUGCAGUAGUUACAGUACAUACUGUUAUCGCUGUGAUGAUUUUGUAGUCAAUGAUACCAAACUGGGCCUGGUACAGAAGGUCAGAGAGCAUCUGCAGAACUUGGAAAAUUCAGCCUUUACGUCAGACAGACAUAGGAAAAGAAAACUAUUGGAAAACUCAUCUCUGAACAGCAAGUUACUAAAAGUAAAUGGAAGCACCACUGCCCUUUGUGCCACAGGUCUUCGGAACCUGGGAAAUACGUGUUUCAUGAAUGCAAUCCUUCAGUCGCUCAGUAACAUUCAGCAGUUUUGCUGUUACUUCAAAGAGUUGCCUGCUGUGGAGCUGAGGAAUGGGAAGACUGCAGGCAGACGAACUUACCACACCAGGAGCCAGGGGGAUAACAAUGUUUCGUUGGUGGAAGAAUUCAGAAAGACGCUCUGUGCUUUAUGGCAAGGAAGCCAAACUGCAUUUAGUCCAGAGUCUUUAUUUUACGUCGUUUGGAAAAUCAUGCCAAAUUUUAGGGGAUACCAGCAACAGGAUGCCCACGAGUUCAUGCGUUACCUUUUGGACCAUCUACAUCUGGAACUCCAAGGUGGCUUCAAUGGUGUUUCACGUUCGGUAAUUUUGCAGGAAAAUUCUAGUCUGACUGCAAGCAACAAAUGCUGCAUAAAUGGAGCAUCCACCGUUGUCACAGCAAUUUUUGGAGGCAUUCUUCAAAAUGAAGUCAACUGCCUAAUAUGUGGGACUGAAUCUAGAAAGUUUGAUCCAUUCCUAGACCUUUCACUAGAUAUUCCAAGUCAGUUCAGAAAUAAACGUACUAAAAAUCAAGAAAAUGGACCAAUGUGCACACUUAGAGAUUGUCUUCGCAGUUUUACAGACCUGGAAGAACUUGAUGAGACAGAGCUCUAUAUGUGUCACAAAUGCAAAAAGAAACAGAAGUCCACCAAAAAGUUCUGGAUUCAGAAACUACCAAAGGUGCUAUGCUUACACUUGAAACGAUUUCACUGGACAGCAUAUCUGAGAAACAAGGUUGAUACAUAUGUUGAGUUUCCAUUACGAGGCCUAGAUAUGAAAUGCUACUUGCUAGAGCCUGAAAACAGUGGCCCAGAAAGCUGCCUCUAUGACCUUGCGGCUGUUGUUGUGCAUCAUGGUUCAGGUGUGGGCUCUGGACAUUACACCGCGUACGCUGCUCACGAAGGCCGUUGGUUCCAUUUCAACGACAGUACUGUAACGUUGACUGAUGAGGAGACUGUGGUAAAGGCCAAGGCGUACAUCCUCUUCUACGUGGAACGGCAAGCCAAAUCUGGAUCAGAUAAACUUUAAUACCUCCUUUUAAUUCUCACUUAUCAAGUCCACCGGACAAAACAUUUCCAUUUUUCCAUAAAUACUUGAUCCAAGACUAUUAAUUUCAUUGUGCACUUUUCAGUUUCCUCUUGUGAGUUUUAGUU